UUGGUGACGUAUUUACCACUAUAUAUAUGCACAGAAGUAGAACGAACAUGUUAUAUAAUUCAUUUUUAAUCUUCGUGACCAAAACAAACACGCAUUCAAUUCAGGCCAGUAGGAUCGUGAUGUUGAAAUUUCUGACGUCUAAGCGAUUUAUUUCUGCGAACCCCUGCAUAGUAGGAUCGUCAAUUUGCCGCCGUUCAUACACUGCUAUCAACGGCGAGCCCUCAGCAAAAUCUCGUUCGCUUGUUGUGACUAUCUCUGGAACGGAUCACAUCGGUAUCGUCGCUGCGCUCACCAAGCGCUUAACAGAAUUCGAUGGCUGCGUUCUCAAGAGUAAAAUGGCCCGUCUGGCCGGCGAGUUUGCAGUCAUUGCACACGUCGACCUGAAUAAGCCCUACAACACAGGCCUACUUACAGCCUUGAAUACGGACUUACCAAAUUAUGCGGUGAGUAUACGAAGUGCAUCCCCCCAACCCCCGCCCAUAGACGGUGAACGCAGACGGUCGUAUAUGUGCACUUUCGAAGGCCCGAACGAGGCCACGACCCUCACAGAGAUCUCGGCCACGUUUGCGAGCCUCAACUGUAAUAUAGACGACCUCGAUAGCGACGUGGUACACGCACCUUUCGCGGGUUAUAAGGUGUUGAAAGCAAGGGCGUACAUAUCCUUCUCGGAAGAACACACGGCUAGUGUAAAGAGUGGAUUGUACGGACUUAUGGACACGCAUACGAUGCAUGUGAGCCUGAAGGAUGUUACUGAUAGUGUCAGUGAUACCUUAGAGCUCACGCAUAGUUUGUCGUAGGGGUUCUUUUACAUACAUACAUAUAGAUACUCUAGGGUGUUUUUAGCGCAGCUUUUGUACAUACAUGUAUUUACAUCAAAAUAUUGUAGGAGUCUUGGUAAUGAUCUAUUUUAGGUUCUUAGGCUUAGAUAUACUCUGGUUCUGUGUCUUACUUCUGUAGCGCUUUCAUAUGUCUGCAGAGGCUGUGGAAUUGACUGCUCGUACAGAUAACUGUUUUGUCGUACGAGUGGUUUGUUCUCCCGCACUCCUUACUUGUGUUCUGCUCCACAGCUGCAAAUAUGAUUAUGUACACAUAGUACUGUAUCAAAUGUGAAAGCCUCUUCUAAGACUGGUAUACUAGUCCGUACCAAGACAUCGCACCAGUCCCUUCUCAUAAGGUUGUGUUUUCAAUCAGACAUCAGUUGUUUUAUAACUGUAAGUAGUUUUGGAUGCCAAUAAAACAUUCAGUGAUUUUGGGUGUCUACUAUAACAUAACAUUCAGCGAUUUUGGAUGUCAAUAAAGC